AUUCGUCGAUUGUUCGGAAACAGUCGAGAUUUCUAGAAUCUCGAGAAUUCACAUGUGAUAUCUCACGUGCAUCACGAAGUGUUGUCUCGUGAUGGCUGAACAAGAAGGAUCUUAUUUUCAACUCGGCCCUGAUGGGCUUCGCGUGUUCGUGAACUUGCACGCGACGAAUCGUAAACGCCUUUGUGAGAGGCUGAAAGGUUUAAAAAAUCUCAAAAAAGGAGCAAUUGUUCUCCUACAAGGCGGAGAUGAAAAGUGUCGAGAUGAUACUGAUACAGAAAUUGUCUUUCGCCAGGAGUCCUACUUUCACUGGACAUUUGGUGUAUUAGAAGGCGAUUUCUUUGGGGCAAUUGAUGUGGAUAGUGGUAAAUCAAUGCUAUUUAUGCCACGAUUUCCUAAAGAGUAUGCUACAUGGAAAGGAACUAUCUAUCCACCUGAGCAUUUCAAAAAGAAGUAUGAAGUCGAUGAGGUUUUCUACACAGAUGAGAUUGCAGCUGUUCUUGAGAAGAAACAACCAUCAGUGCUGUUGACUCUGUAUGGUAAAAACACAGACAGUGGGGAUAGUCGUGAGGCUGCUUUUGAUGGCAUUGGCAGCUUCUCAGUUGACAACAAAAUACUUUUCCCACAAAUUGUUGAGUGUCGUGUAAUUAAAACAAAGCAAGAAUUGGAGGUUCUUCGUUAUGUGAACAGAGUCAGCAGUGAGGCACAUAAAAAGAUUAUGAGAAAAAUAAAACCUGACAUGGUGGAAUUUCAGCUUGAGAGCAUGUUUCUCAAUCAUUGCUAUUCUCGUGGAGGAUGUAGACAUUCAUCGUAUACUUGCAUUGGUGCAAGUGGUCCAAAUAGUGCUGUUCUUCAUUAUGGUCACGCUGGAGCUCCUAAUGAUCGCACUGUAAGAAGUGGAGAUAUGUGUCUAUUUGAUAUGGGCGGAGAGUACUACUGUUAUGGUUCUGAUAUCACAUGUUCGUUCCCGGUCAACGGGAAGUUCACGGAGAAGCAAAAGAAUAUUUAUGAGGCUGUUCUUCGGGCAAGCAGGGCUGUUAUGGCACAAGUUAAACCAGGUAUUUCUUGGCCUGAUAUGCAUCGUCUUGCAGAAAGAGUGCAGCUCGAAGCUCUAAAAGAAAUUGGCAUAUUGAAAGGCAAUGUUGAUGACAUGGUAAAAGUUCACAUGGGUGCUGUAUUUAUGCCCCAUGGUCUUGGUCAUUUCAUGGGUCUAGAUGUGCAUGAUGUUGGGGGGUACCCUGAGGGUGUGGAGAGGAUUGAUGAGCCCGGUAUUCGAUCAUUGAGAACAGCAAGAAAUCUUGAAGAGAACAUGGUGCUGACAGUUGAACCUGGAAUCUAUUUCAUUGAUUAUCUUUUAGAUGAGGCAUUAAGAAGUUCAGCCCAAGCUCACUUCAUCAACGAGGAGGUCCUGCAAGAGUACCGAGGCUCUGGAGGGGUUCGUAUUGAGGAUGACAUAAUUGUGACUGCUGAUGGAAUGGAACUGAUGACUCAAGUCCCUCGGACUGUGCAAGAAAUUGAAGAGCACAUGCAGGGAGGAGCCGUUUGCUCCUAAUAAUGGCCUGGGAAUGGGACUCUCGUAAAUUGAAUAUUGAUGAGGUAAGAUGAUACCAUGCGAUGAGUUCCAGGAAGGCAAAUGUAGUUGACAGUAUCUCAUCAUUUCUCUUAAAAUUUGUAUGUUCCUAAAUGUGUAUAGAAAUUGAUACGAUAGGGAUAUAUGUGUCUAGAAAUAGAUACAAUAGGGAUAAUAUGCAGGGAAAAAUAUGAAAUUAAAAAUGAGAAAUAAACAACUGAUCUGGCAUAGUAUUUGUAAAUUAGGGAAGGUGACAAUAGGACAUUAAUGUGCAUUUUUGUAGUUUUUGAUAAAUAAAUACAGGCAUGCUCUCCCAAUGAAAUUACGUAGCUUUCUUUUACAUGGAAAAGUUUCUAAACACUACGAGUCACAAGCUGUUAUAACGUAGAACUAUACAACCUUUU